CCAUGUCAGUUGCUUCAUGCGUGGCUAGCCUGCUGCUACAGAAAUAAACCUCCUUGAUACAGACAGCGGUGAAGGUGCCCCCACUGACUAUAAACGCCACAGCGGUUCAGCGUUCACGGAGGUCGUGUAGGUGGACAGGAGAGCUUUAUUCGAAUAAACAGAGAACGAGCUAAAUAACUGCUCAAAGAAAACCGAAUUGUCAGCAUUUGUAGAUUGUCAGGUCUUAGAAGGGGAAUCGUAACUAGCUAGCCAACACUAGCUAACAUACAGGCUGUACGAAAGUGUCAGUUAGUCCGGUAGCUAGAUUGAACAGCUAGGGACAGUUACUGUCAGGUGUACAACGAAGUGAACGGUUUCUGGAAAAAAAGCAAACAAACUAGGUUUCAAAGAGUCGUUGAGAUCCCCUUAGUUUAGCGCUAGAUAAUAUUUAGCCAUUCCUCAGCUAGGUGACGUUGAAGAGCGGUGAUGGACUUCGUUGCUGGAUGCAUCGGAGGUGCUGCUGGAGUCUUGGUUGGACACCCAUUUGACACAGUUAAGGUGAGACUGCAGGUCCAGAGUGUUGAUAAGCCGCUGUAUCGCGGGACCUUCCACUGUUUCCAGUCCAUUAUAAGGCAGGAGUCGGUAUUUGGUUUGUAUAAAGGCAUUGGAUCCCCUAUGAUGGGUCUUACAUUCAUCAAUGCUAUAGUGUUUGGGGUUCAGGGAAACACCAUGCGUAUGCUGGGACAUGACACCCCCAUGAACCAGUUCCUUGCUGGUGCAGCAGCAGGUACCAUCCAAUGUGUCAUCUGCUGCCCCAUGGAGCUGGCUAAAACCCGCAUGCAAAUGCAGGGUACUGGAGAGAAGAAAUCCUCUAGGAAGAUGUACAAGAACUCCCUGGACUGCUUGGCACGUAUCUACAACCGGGAGGGUCUUUGGGGCGUAAACAGAGGCAUGGUGACGACACUUAUCCGCGAGACACCUGGCUUUGGAGUGUAUUUCCUGGCCUACGACGUGCUGACGCGCAGCCUCGGCUGUGAGCCCGACGAUCGUUACAUGAUCCCCAAACUGCUGUUCGCCGGGGGCAUGGCUGGCAUCGCCUCCUGGCUCUCCACCUAUCCCGUGGAUGUGAUCAAAUCGCGGCUCCAGGCAGAUGGGGUGGGUGGAGUCAACCAGUACAGUAGCAUCGCUGACUGUGUUCAACAGAGCGUAAGGAGAGAGGGCUACAUGGUGUUCACACGAGGCCUCACCUCCACGCUGCUACGAGCCUUCCCUGUGAAUGCAGCUACCUUUGCGACCGUCACCCUUGUCCUCAUGUAUGCUCGGGGGGUAGAGGAAGUGCCACAAGACUGUGAGCCGGCUCAGCCAAGCCACCACACACAGAUACAGCAGCAGGCCCAACCCUCCAGCCUGUGACAGCACAGAGGUCGCACCCUCAACCUGGGCACUUUACAAGAGCAUUGAAAGACAAAAUAUACAUACGAACCCUUUAUUACUGUAUAACUUAUUUUACAUUAGACCAGUCAUUCCUAGUUCUGAGUCAGAAAAUACCUGAUUUAUAUAAACGCUUAUUUUUACUUUCAUGUCAAAAAGAGUAAAAAGGAAAAACUUAUUUAUUUUUAGUAGUAAUUUAAGUUGAGGUUUGCCUCUGAAGGUACAAUCUUGUAAAGAGGAUGGUGUUACCUCUAAUAAGAUGAGGAAAAUUGAGAUUUGAAAUAUGAGAUUAGUGAAAGCUUUUAACUGCAGCUUUGAUUAAUAUUCUCUCCACUGAUUUAGACCUGUUACUGAGCCACAAAACUGUGUGGCUGGGUAGUGUUUACAGUGUAGACACUGAAAAUUGAUAUCUCUAUUAAUAAUAUCUUGAAAUGUGCAGUAGUUAACUGCACCUGUAUAUUAUACUGAUUUAAAGUAAUUUUUUUUUAUGUAUGUUGGAAACAAGUUUCCUGCCUUAUAAUAUGAAAACUUUUAUUUUAUGUAAGAAGCUGAAGCACCUGUUUGUACCUGAACUGUAUCCUCUGAAGAGCCAAGCAAGUGAGAGAGAAGGAAUGUAGCAUGUGAUAAGGUGCAGACCUCAUCACUUCUGUCUGCUUUUAAACCAAAAAACAUUGCGACUAUAAUCCAAUCAUCACUAAUGCACUGUUAGUCCAUACAGCCCGUUAAUACCCAUUGUGCACAAAAAUCAACUGGUCUGAAGGGCUCUUCAGGGACUGAAUGCAAAGUGUUUGUGUGUGAAUCAGGAUUGUAGGUGGCAUUAUUUUUAUGUUAUGUUACAUUUAUUAUUUGAUUUGUUUGGCAUGUUGUGUUUUACCAAAUAAUGUGAAGUUUUAUCUUUGUAACUUUACUGCUUAAGACCUAAUCCAGAAGUAGAACAUGGCCCCGCACGUGGCAUCAUACUCGUCCCACUAUUGUAUUUUACUAUCAAAUUGCAUUUUAUUUUAUUUUUGUAAAUGUUAAAACUAAAUGGGAGUUUUGAAUGUAUUUUAAAGCAGUACAUGAUGCGGUUAUUGCAGGGUCAGAACUUUGUGCUAAGAGUGCCCUUCUAGGUUCUAUUAAUUUUUUUUUUAAGUAUUUAUGACGACCCUCAUUCGUUUACCUCUUGUCAAAUAUCGAUGUGAAGAUGCGGCCGUUGUUCCCCACCGUCAACUGUAGGUGAUUUUGGGGCAGUUAACAUCUGAGCAUUAGAUCUUUUGGGUACUAUACGAUCUGCAGUAUGAGAAGAAGUUUCAACAAAUAACAAAAACAAACUAUGUUUUAAAAAAUAAGAUCAGCGUUCGAGGGGUGAAAGUUUGAGAUGUUAAAAACUGAUUCUUUGACAAAUCCUCUAAAAAUUUCCCUUAAAAGUAAAAAUGCCCUUUGAAAAAAGUUCAUUUCUUACUUUGGGUAACUAUUCAUUGAGACAAAAUGCCUAAAUUAUAUUAUGUAUCCCUGUGGAAGAAUUGUGUACCAAUAGUUAAUAUACUGUAGCUAACCAUCUGGAUUGGGGCUUUGAUGAGACUUGCAUUAGUGAAAUAAUGUACAGGCAUUAUUAAUGAGUGGGAAUUGUCUGCUUUCUGCACGUGUGUGGUCAGUAUCAUAUGAUUUUGUCUGUAUUUUCUCUCUGUAAAGCAAUCAAAGUUUCUCCCCAGCACAUACACUAAUGUCAGUUCCAAUCAAAGUAGCAAGUCAUCAGCUCAUCUGAUAAUCUGCUCUGGCUAAAGCUGAAAAACUAACAACGAAUCAAACUACGAUUACUGCCUUCAUUUCUGUAUGAAGGGUAUUAUCUGUGAAAGGUUGUUAAAGAGCAGGAAGUCACAGAUGCGCUAAAACCUUUAGAAUGCUGAAUGUAAAAAACCUGUAUUCACUCACAGGUGUUCCGACAAACUCCAGAGUUGGAGGACAAACUAGUUUCUGGGAAUCCUGUUGUUUAAAUUUAAAUGUUACUAGUUUGAAUUGUUCGGUAAUGCUGAGACACUUUAAAUCUCAAAGGCUGUAUUGCGGUUUGAUGGUGGAUGAUGAUGACAAAAAAUGAGAGUUGAGAAGAUUGCAAAGGGGUGGCAUGUAUGUAAAAGCUGCUUGUGUCAUUAACUCCAUUUCUUAAACAGUGACUCUUGGCUAGAUAGUAUAUUACUAAAUCUGCCAUUUAACAGCUAAUAUUAAAUCCAGCUGAUGUGAAAGUUGCAAUAUGUACAGGAUGUAACCGUAUUAAUGUGUGAUUGUUUUUGAGGUGAGUGAUAAUGUAAAUAUAUAUAUAUAUAUGUGUAUAUAUAUAUAUACACACACACACACACAUAUUUUUCAGUCUAAAGUAGUUGUGUGGUUUUUCCUGAAUGUCUUGAGUUUAAGCAGUUUUUAAAGCGUCAAGAGGUUGUAACUGAAAAACUGAGACGUGAUAUUUUUGUAACAUAGGCAUACAUAACCUAUUUGUUGUCAAAGAAGAUCUGUACAAAUGGGUAAAUAAAAAGUGAUUCAGCAGCCAUUUGUUUCUUUUUAAUGCAGACUUGUACCAGAACGAUACAUUUCACAUUCAGGGUUAUUGUAAUCACACAAUAUGUUGUUCAUGUGGGCUAUGACGGUCUGCAUAAUUAACAAAUGAUUGUAUUCAUGCACCUGUCACAAUCUCCUUUUGAUGGUGAAAAGCAUCGACACAUUAGCCUUAAUCAGGUUUUAUUGUUUA